AUGCGCCCCAGCAGGCGUCUGCAUCUCCCCCUACAACCCAUCCCAAGCACUUCUUCUACCUCUGCUCCUACCCACUUUUACCGAAAUAGGCAGCUCGAGCUCUAUGCGAGCAAGAGGAGCAAACCCCUGUCGCUCAGGCAGCUCAUCUUCUUUGGGAGGAGCAUGAACGAGGAGAGGCUCAUCCAAAGUGCGAAUUAUGUGAGGACGGAAUUGCCCGUUAGGCUAGCGCAUAGGAUACGGGACCUCCAGACUCUCCCGUUUGUCGUCGUGAGGCAGGAGCAGGUCGCAAAGGUGUAUGAGUUGUACUGGACGGCUUUCGAGAGGGUACGGUCAUAUCCUCCAAUACACGACCUGCAUGACAAUGAGCGAUUCUGCGAAUUCCUACAACAAAUCCUGGACGAACAUGCAGCAGUAAUACCUAUGCUCUCGCUCGGCUUCUCCCUCUCUUCCCAACAUCUCGCGCCUGAGCUGCUCGACACCGUCCUCCGACGCAUGCUCGUCUCCCGUAUCUCCCGACGUGUCGUCGCACAGCACCAUGUUGCACUCUCGCGCUCGCUCGCCCAGCCUCGGCCUGCAGGGUGGAGACGUGACCAGCAGGAUCAUGUAGGAAUCAUCAGCACUGCCCUAGACGCGGGGGAGUGUAUACGUCACUGUGUGGAGCUGCUGCACCAGCGAAGAGGGCCGGAGGGACAGGAGCGGAUAGGUCCGGAGGUCAAGAUCGAUGGGGAUACAGAGACGAAGUUUGCAUACAUCCGAGAACACCUGGAAUACCCGAUAUUUGAGCUGCUUAAGAAUUCAUUCCGUUUCACGCGCCUCGCCCACCCGCAACAACCCUCCGAGCCCUCCUCUCUCCCGCCAAUCCAAGUCACCCUCGUAAACGCCCCCACCGACGUCCACAUCCGCAUCUCCGACCAAGGCGGCGGCCUCCAAUCCGCCGACGUCGUCACACCCUCCGACCUCUACUCUUUCUCCCACCUGCGAAACAAAGCCCGGCUCGCUUCAGACCGUCUUGCCGCUCUGAAAAAAGCGAGCAUGAGCAGCAGGGGCAUGAUGGCCACUGUACAAGAACAACUGCGGAGCGAGGAAGGAGAAGAAGAAGCACAGGCCGUCGAGGCUGCUAGCAGGACACAUCUCGGCAUCGGACUCCCCAUGAGCAAGAUAUAUGCGGAGUACUUCCGCGGAGGGCUGCAUUUGGUCUCCCUGGACGGGUAUGGAGUGGACGCGUACCUCCGGCUGCCGAAGUUGGGCACGAUGCUGGAGGAUAUCGAAGUGUGAAAUUGGGUGAGUGACGGAUAUUUGACUCUGGGUGCCCGGCGAUGGGGAGGAGGGAUUGUCCCGAAAGCAAUUGUGUACAUUAU